AUGUUUAACAACUACAAAUUGAAUUUAAAAGAAAACGAGCUUUAUGAUUAAUUCAAAGAUAAACUUGAAGAUAAUUUAAUACAAGAAUUCAUUCAACUAAUUGAAUAUUAUGAAUCAUAAAUUAAUCAACAUAUUCUUGAAUAAGAAAAGUUGUUAAAUUAGAUAAAUAAUUUGUAAUUGCAAACUCAAAAUAAAUUAGAUUAAGAAUUGGCAAAGUAUAAUCUAUUUCAUUAAUAUAAUAGCAAUUUUUAAUAAUAAAAAUAGAUAAAUUAGUUGUAAGAAUAAUUAUAGCAACAAAAUACAUAAAUUUCAUUUCUAAAUAAAUCAAUGAAAAAUGUAUACAUAGAACAAUUAGAUUUGUUUUCACCAAUCAAAGUACCUUCUCUCUCUCCUUAAAUUACAAGAACUUAAUGUAUUAUAUAAUAUUUAUAUUCAUUAGCCAUUAAUAAACAAGUUAAAAGAAAAUUAUUAAUGACAGAUAAAGAAAAUGAUAAUUAUGGAAAUUGUUACAGUAGUAUUAAAAAAAUAAGAUAGAAUGAAUAUUUUCUUGAUGAAUAAGACUUUCUUGUUUAUUUUAAGGAAUAAUGCAUGAAAGAAUUUUUAGAUAAAUAAAUUGAAAGAGAAUAAGAAUUAUUUUGUUUAUGGUAGAAUAUGUAAAAUUAGAGUUUAGAAAAAUGUCAAUAAUUAUAAUAAACAAUUGAUUACGUUUGUUCUUAAAUGGAUGCAUAUAAAUAGUAAUAUUAUUAAGAUAUUAAUCUCUAUACUGAUGUACUCUAAUAAUUAGAGAUUAGAGUUUCAAAAUAUUAAAUUGCCUUUCAACACAUUCUCUAAAAUAAUUUAACUUAAAUUGAUCUUAAUAAUAUUAUUCAAUUAGCUAAAACUUUUAAUACAGAAUUUAAUAAUGUAAAUGAUUUAGAUAAAUUAAUUGAUAUACUUAUGGAAUUCAAUUAAACAACCCAGAUAUUUAAUAUGAAUCUUUAAAACAAUUAAAAUAUAAAGAUUGAAAAUAUGCAAAACUAAAUUUAGGAAUUAGAAUAAUAAAAGAAAGAAUACAGUGAUAUUAAUGAACAAAGAUUAGAAUUAUUAGAAUUAAGUUAGUAAAUGAAUAACAAAAUUAUACAGUAAUCAAACUAGAUUGAAGAAAUGAAUCAGCAAAUAGCAUCUCUUACUUAAUUAUUUGCUAAAUCCUUAUAAGAUUUAGAAAGAAUCUAAGGGGAAAAUGAAACACUUAGGAAAUCUUAUAAUUGUAAUACUAACUUUAGUAAUACUGUUACUUCACGAACAUAGGAAGGGAGUGUAAGUUUAAAAAAUCAUUUUAUUACAAAUAGAUAUUCUUCCUAUAUUCCUAGAGAUAGUUUUAGUUGCAAGAAUUCUUAUAGAAUUGAUCAAAGAUAAACUAAUUUUAGUUCAGAUUUAAAAAAAUAACAACCUAAUUAUGAACUUGAUGAUAUUUGUUCUUUAUUAGAUUAAUUAUUGAAUCAAGGAUAUUCAAAUAAUACUCUUGAUUUCAUUAAUAAUGUAAAUAAUUAAUAUUAUAAUUAUAGUUUCAAUGUUUAAGUGGAAAUUUAAAAAUUCAGAUGUUAUGGCAAAAAUUAAAAGAUUUCUUAGUGAUUGUUUACUAUUCUUAUAAUUAAUAAGAUGAUAUUUUUAGUUCAUUAAACUAAUUUAUUGUUGAUCUCAAAUUACCAAUCAAUUAAUUUGAAUUGAUUAUUGAAGAUGGUUUAUAAAAUACUACAAGUAAAUUGGAAUCUAAUUCUAUUUUAUUAUGUUAAUUGUUAGAUAGAUUGGUAUCUGAUAUUCAUGAUAUGAGAUUAUCAUAAACAUAUAUUUAUGAAUCUAAUAUAAAGGGAGAAUCUCAAAAAGAUUAUUCAUAAAAUAUAAUGCAAGAAUUAACUAAUCUAUCAAAAUAAUUAAUUCAUAUUUGUUAGGAGAAUGAUGAUAUUAUUGUCUUAUAAAUUGAAAGGUAGGUUGAAAUAUAAGAACAAUUAAAAUUAUAAAGAAAUAAAUAAUUAAGAGAUAUUUAAACUAGUACUUGUAAAAUAUUAAUGGAAUUAUUUAAAGAAUGGAAAUAAAAUUAUCUUAAUAUUUCAUAAAUUUUGUUAAUAUUAUGUAAAGGUUGGCAAUAAUUAUAAUAAUAAAGAUAAGAUAGAGUAUUAGAUGGAAUAUUGAAAAAUGUACAUGAUGAAAUAAAAUAAUUAUAAAAAUCUAAUUUAGGAUAAAUUAUUAGUUAAGAAUUGAAAACAUUUUCAUUUAUAUAUAAAUAAUGAACUCUAUAAUUCAACAAUAUUUCAAUUAAAUUGCUUAUGGCAAUUCUGUUGCUCCUUUGACUAAUCCAUAAAGAGUUCUUGAUCUUGAACACAUUAUUUUAAUGAUUUCAUCCUUUCUAGAAGAUUAAGAUAUACUACAGUUUAUAUAAGUAACAUAUUAUUUCAUAUUCCUAGAUAAAUUCAAAGAUCAGACAUUUGUCUAAGGAAUGCAAUCAAUUAAAUGUGAGAAUUUUAUAAAUUAGAUUGAAUAAAUAAAAAACAAUCUUAGAUGUAUACUUUUAUUCACUAUUUAUAGAAUUUCAUUAAAGAUCCCAAUUUUAUAACUAGUAAACAUCAUAAUAAUUGCUAUUUCUAUUAAUUCAACCAGAAAACACUUGAACAGAAAUACUUUAUAAAACUCCAAGAUUUACUCAGAUCUAAAAAGGAACAAUUAUAAUCAUAAAUAUAAUUAUAAAAUAAUAAAGCAUUAUAAAAGAAACAGCUAAGUUUAAAAGUAGAAGUAGAAUCAAAUCUAGUUUCCAAUAAUGACAUGGAAAAUCUGAUUUCUAAUAUUUAUACUUUAAUAAAUGAAGAACCAAAACAAUCAUAGUUUAAACUUAAUAUUAAAAUUGUAUAUUAUAUUAUUUAUAUUAGAAUGAUAUUACUAAAAAUUUAUGUCCAAUUGUUCAAUACAAUAGAGUUAAGCAAUUUGCUAAUAAGAUUAAAGCCAAGAAAUAAUUUGAAGUUAUACAUAUAUGA